GUCUCCCCCUGGUUUGUGACUUGCUCUGGAGUCAGGCAGGAGGACUGAGGCGUGAGAGCAGAGCUAACACAAACAGCUGUGACUGUAAGAGCCAGCCAGAGAGAGGGAGAAUCCUGUCACCAGCACCCUCCUCUCCCCCACCUCCCUGACCCUUCUCUCGUCUGAGCCCCAACCUCGUCUCCAGUUCAUCAGGCUCCACUGGGGCUUUCGGGAUGAGGAGGAUCAGGGCUAAUGCCAUUGCAAUCCUGACCGUAGCCUGGAUCCUGGGCACUUUCUAUUACUUAUGGCAGGACAACAAGCCUCAUUCAGCAGCAUCCAGCAGAUCUCCUAGCAGCAGCGGCAGGAAUGGGCAGAGAUCAGCUGCGAGGCUGGAGAGCCACAGGGAAGAUGGGACCAUCCCCCUCACGGUGACCAGAGUCCCCCAAGCAGAGAAGAGCAACCUGAGGGGUUUGGAUGAAAAGGCUUACCUGUCCUCCAAGCUGCUGAAGGCCGGAGAAGACCCAUACCGACAACAUGCUUUUAACCAGAUGGAGAGCGACAAACUGAGCAGUGACCGGCCCAUUCGGGACACAAGGCAUUACAGAUGUGCUUCUGUGCACUAUGACGCAGACCUGCCAGCAACCAGCAUCAUCAUCACCUUUCACAACGAGGCUCGCUCCACCCUGCUCCGCACAGUGAAGAGUGUUAUGAACCGCACCCCUGCCAAUCUCAUUCAGGAGAUCAUUUUAGUGGAUGACUUCAGCUCAGAUCCUGAGGACUGCCAGCUCCUUACCAAGAUCCCAAAGGUCAAGUGUCUACGCAACAGUCGGCGAGAAGGGCUGAUUCGCUCUCGAGUGCGAGGGGCCGAGGUGGCGAUGGCUGAGGUUCUCACCUUCCUGGACAGUCACUGUGAGGUGAACAGCGAGUGGCUGCAGCCGAUGCUUCAGAGAGUGAAAGAGGAUUAUACCCGAGUGGUGAGUCCAAUCAUCGAUGUGAUCAGCCUGGAUAAUUUUGCCUACCUGGCAGCCUCAGCCGAUCUGAGGGGAGGGUUUGACUGGAGCCUUCACUUUAAGUGGGAGCAGAUCCCUAUAGAGCAGAAGAUGUCCAGAACAGACCCAACCCAGUCCAUAAGAACACCUGUCAUAGCGGGAGGCAUUUUUGUGAUCGAUAAGUCUUGGUUUAACCAUCUGGGAAAAUAUGACACUCAGAUGGACAUCUGGGGAGGAGAGAAUUUUGAGCUCUCCUUCCGAGUGUGGAUGUGUGGUGGCAGCUUGGAGAUUGUUCCCUGCAGUCGAGUCGGCCACGUGUUCAGAAAACGCCACCCCUAUGACUUUCCAGAGGGCAAUGCACUGACCUAUAUCAAGAACACCAAACGCACAGCAGAGGUGUGGAUGGAUGAGUACAAACAGUACUACUACGAGGCCCGGCCUUCUGCCAUCGGGAAGUCAUUUGGAAGUAUUGCAGACCGCAUGGAGCAACGCAGGAAACUAAACUGUAAAUCCUUCCAGUGGUACCUGGAGAAUGUCUACCCAGAGCUCAAGGUUCCUGAAAAGGAGCUGGUUCCUGGGAUUAUCAGACAAGGAGGACAUUGCCUGGAGUCUUGGGGCCAGGACGCAGCAGGAAAUUCUGUGGCUGGUGUGGGAGGCUGCAAAGGGACAGUGAGCAAUCCCCCUGUCAGCCAGGAGUGGGUCUUCAGUGACCCUUUAAUUAGACAGCAGGACAAGUGUCUCUCCAUCACCUCCUUCUCCACCGGAUCUCAGAUUACACUGGAAGCAUGCAAUCAGAAAGAUGGCAGACAGAAAUGGAAGAUGAAAGGCAGUUUCAUUCAGCAUUUUGUCAGCGGCCUCUGCCUGGAAAACCAGUCCAGCAGGGUGGUGACCAACCCAUGCCAAUCGGAAAUACCCGGCCAACAGUGGGAGCUGCUACAAGCCACAUGAUGGUAGCCCGGAAACCUCUAUGUUUCUUUUUGCAUGAGACUUUGGGAAUGGAAGGGGUUAGGGUGGGGACUAAAGGUUUAUUAUUUCUAACCCUAAUGUUUCGAUUGUGAUCAUCAGCAAGUCACCAUUUCAGCUGAACAUUCACUGCUUUUGAACUUUUAAGAAAGAAGUCAGGGGAGGGGGGAUAAGAAGCGGCACGGAAAUUGAUCCAUCUGUUUCUUCUCCGCUGUAACUGACAUCCUCAUACAACAGCAAUCAGAGGUAGGAGAGGGCACAGCCCAAUAGCCGAAUAGAGCUCAGAGCGACGAGUACUGACUAACAGUUCUCUCCUUACUUUGCAUUGAAAUUUAUGAUCUUCAGUCCUGUGAAUUCCAUGUAACCAGUGCUCUUGACAACGCUUCUACAACCUCUUGGUGGCUCCUGGGCUGCACUGGCUUUCCUCUGUAACAUCUUGUGUUAUUUUUGUGUGUUGUCUCGAACUGCUGCAAUGAGGUUGCUUUGUGGGAAAUGCAACAUGACUAAUGCCUGGGUUGGGAGAUGGGCAGUGGAUCUUAGGGGCAGGGACUGUGUUGGGAGAGGGCCCUAGCACACGAGGGCAUCAUUCGUGGUUGGUCUGCAGGCACUGCCAUUGUACACAUAAUUUGUAAAAUGGAUGGGGAAUGGACAGAGGAGGGGAAAUGGACAGGGGGGCAACGGGGGAAGGUUUGUAAUUGUGCAGUGUUCCACUGGAUCAUGUCAAAGUCAUUCCUUCCAGAGAUUCCCAUUUCCUAUGGCAAAUAGCCAUGAGGGUCAGGAAGGCUUCUGUGGUGAGAUCUUAGAGAGGCCAAUACCAUUGCAGUAGGUGGUAAUCCAAACCCAACUCUCAUUAACCAGUCAGAUUGGUGUGCUUCAUAUGACUGAGUCCUAGGAUAGGAUGCAAGCUUAUUAUGAAAUGUCAGUAUCUGUAUAACAGCCCCUGCUCUUGUACCCUACACCCAGGGAACUGAUGAAAUAGCCAGGCUCUAGCCUGUGUAUGUCCUUCCUCCCCCAGUGAUAUUCUGCUGUGAGUUGACCUGACAUUCAGAAAAUGACUGGCUAAACUCUCUGGGAUAUAGGAGGUUGCUGGAGGUUACUCUGAGACUGAUAGAUCUGAUGCUACAACUGCUAGGAAAUGUCUGUUAAGCCCCACCCUAAAGGCAUUCCAUGGCACUGCACUGACAGUGUGUGUUGGUGUAUUCUGUGAUGACAGGCCAAGCAAUGUUGGGAGGGAGAAGUUGGAGGAACCCGUAUUGCUUCCAUCUGCCUUUCCUCGGCUGGGAUGCACUAACACAGAGAGAGUUCAACCCCCUGGGUAAUUACUGUGUUCUAACUGUAGGUUAUGCCAAAGGAGCACAGUGAAAUCGCAACAUGUGCGUGCAUGUGCUGCCCAUGUGAAUACAGCCUGGGGUAACAGCUCUCCCUUUACUAACCUUCACCCUCUCUCAAAGACAGGCAGCUAAAAGGUUUGAGGAUUUUUCUGCUCUUCUUUCAUUAGCUCUUCCCAGCCGAGAAAACCAACUUUUUCUCCAAAGGGUUAGUACUCACCCACCCACCUUCCCUUUUCUGAACUUACUCCCCAUUCCAUUAGUGCUCACACUAGGGCACUUCCUUGUGCUCUCUCUCACUUCUGAAUGGGGAUGCAUACACUCCGAGUGUUUGGUGACUCACACCCCAACCUUUUCCAUUUUCAUCCAAGAAUUCACCCCUCUGCUAUUGGCACAAAGGGGCUCUGAUCACCAGAAUCUGCCAUUCCUAACCCCUUCACUGCCAGACAGACAAAGUGUGCCCAUAAACGCCUCCAGUUUUUCUUUUACUUAACUGAAUAUGGUGCGGAAAGGCCUGGCACUGGGAAUACUUGUGUAUCCCAAGUUGUGAAGGAGUUAGCAGAGCUGAGCCUUUUUCUUCUUCAUCCAGGAGUCCAAAUGUCUCCUAAAGAAAUAGCAUCAGGAUACAAAUCCGUACAUAGAGAACAAUCUGUCUGUGCUACAUACGAGGUUAUCAAAAUAGGGGAAACAUUAAAAAUCUAGUAGAUUUUUCUUAUGCUGUUUGCUUUUUACAAAUAGAACAGCCAGUUUCACUUUCUGUUUCUAACUAGUAUCCCUUUGUUUUCUGGGAUAUCCCAGAAAACUAGUUUCUAACUAGUAUCCCAGUUGUGCGUGGAGUUUGAGUUCCCAGAGUUGCAGGAGGUGGUUUACAUCUGGGAAAAAAACCAAAACUGUUUUAAUUAACAAGCCUAUUAAACCCUUUGUAUUGCUGUUGGAUUUUGUAAUCCUCACAACCACCACUAGAACCGGGCAAAUAUAGCAAAACAAUGAGUGUAUUUCUUUAAAUUCUAAACAGCUG